GAAGGCAGACAGACAGACAGAGAGAGAGAGAGAGAGCAAGAUAAAGAAGUGGGAAAAUGUAAAAUGUUUGUUUUACUUGAAACUCUGCAAUGUACAUUUUGCCUAAUGUAUAUGUACUUUUUCCUAUCAUUUCAGAAUAUAUAUAUAUAUAUAUACAUGUAUAUAUCCAUUCCCAAUUCGACCGUAGGAGAGGUCUUGAAAAUUAGAAAUAUAUUACACUGUAAAGAACACAUUAGAGCAACCAGCUUUACUCUAAUAAUAAAUGAGUCUGAGAUUGUAGACUACCAUUGCUCACUGACCCCCAUCACUCGAUACACAUUGCACCAUGAGAUUGCAAUCUUGAACUUGAUGCCUCUAUAUAAAUAGAGGUGAAGAACAGAGGCUCUUUCAGUAACCUCUUCGUUCUGCUUUGUCGUGGAUCACUGUGAAUGCUGUGACUAGCUAUUGCACAGGACCUCACUACAAAGCAUCUUAACAGGUCUCCAUCUCUUCUCGACAGCUUAGAGGUAUAAAACAUGGCUGACAGUGAAUCUCAUGAAUGCAGUAGUGAAGGUCAUGUAACCGCCGGACGUCGAGCCGUAGAGCAGGAAUGGGCGGCUGCCUGGUAUGAUGGUGACUGUAAGGACGCUAACAGGGAGGUCAGCAAAUGGCUGAAAGAACACAGCGACAAGUUGACUGGAGGGAAGGCCAACUGUCGAAUCCUAGUGCCUAUGUGUGGUGCUACUAGGGACCUUCAAUGGUUGAUUGAUGAAGGUCAUGAAGUGAUCGGUCUAGAGCUGGUUGAUAAAGCACUACAUCUCUUUCUUGAUCGACACCGGAUUAAAUACACCACAUCCCAAGUACCUAGCGUCAAUGACGGGAAGUGCUACAAGAGUAAAGACAAGAAGCUCGCUUUGUACAGAUGUAACAUCUUUGAGAUGGAUAUGAGUCUUAUAGGGAAGGUUGAUUGUGUAUGGGACUGUGGUGCCAUGACAGACAUACCUCCUGCAGAGAGAAAAGAAUAUGCAGAGAUCCUUCUAUCAGUACUCAAGCCUGGAGGAAGAAUACUCGCUGAAACCUUCACAUUUGGAGAGAUAGAAGAAGCUGACGAUGAUCAUAAACAUGGUCAUAAUGAGACGGGAAGUUUUAUCUGCAAGUAUGGCGUCGAUCACAGCAACGAUCCCCCACAAGAUAAAUGCAACGAACACCAUGAUCACCCUGACCACAAACAUGAUCAUGGCCAUGACUGCAGUCACGACCACGGCCACGACCACAAGCAUAGUGAUCAACAUCAUGGUCAUGAGCAUCUUGGUGAGGGCCACGAUGAAGACCCUCCGUGUCGUCCGGUGGAGGAAGAAGACUUCCAGAAGAUGUAUGGAGAGCGUUGCAGUAUUGAGAAGCUAUGUGAGGAAGACAGCAAGGAAGCUGAGGAAUGGGGGCCAAGCUGGUGGGCUAAGAACAGACUACAUAUUCUCCUCCUCAAGUAAUCAUUUUUAUCACACACCUUGGAGUAUGGUCAGCCUGUCAACAUUGCAACCGAUCUUGCAUAAUAUUCAAAGUUUUAGCUCAUGCACGUUCAUCAAUUUUAUUCGAAAUAAUGUGCAUCACAUAAAACCAUACCUCAAAAAAACUUACCUCGCAAAGCUUACAUAAUAAUAUCCAGACUUUAAACUCAUAUAUACAUUGAUUAUUUGUGACAAACUGUAUUGAAAGACCACAAAUUUUCACUAACUUUUUGAGUGAUAGGGUCAAGCUUCACAAAUAUUUCAAGCUGCAAUGUGAAAUGAAUUUAUCAAAACAUUGAUAUUCUGCAAUGUGCAAAAGUUUUGUUGUUGUUGUUGCAAAAUGACCACCAUUAACAAAAGAGUCAUGUCACUAAGUUUUCUGGGAUUAGAGUACCAUAUAGUCUUUCAAAAUUUGCCUACAAGCCGAAUAUCUUUUUUUUUCUUCUCUUGUACAUGUAGGUAUAUGUAGAUAUAGUAUAUUGUAUGUACCGGUAUGAAGAAUGCUUAUUAAGGCAUCUCGUGUUGUAAGAUGUUAAAGGGAGUCACUCGUCAGUUUCCAUGUGCAGAAGGCCAUAAUUUGCUGACACCAGACUUGGUGGAUUAAAAUCAUUAAAGUGUGUACACGUACUAGGUCUGCACACAGCGAACCCGUAGGCCAAUCAAGAAAUACCCCUUGUCUCUCUGAGAGUCUUCGGGUGAGGGAAAAGUGAGAUAAUGACUUGACCAUGUGGGGGAAUGGGUGGAAAACGCAGUACAUUACAUAAGGCCUGCUGGUCAUAAAACUGAAGGCUAAUUCUGGUGAUUGACAGCACCUCUUAUUGGGUAAACACCCGAACGGUGUUGAAUUCCCCAUGACAGCUAACUACUAUGUGUCUUUAAGAGUGACAGAGUAACAUCUGACAACCAGUGAUGCCUGAAUAAGAUUGACUUUUAAAACUGUUUGUGUUUAUUGCUAUGAUUUUUGUUAUCAUGUAAGCACAACUGUAUGUGAAUAGCCAUUCACCACUUUUUAAAAUUUGUGACAGACAUUAUAUUACCCAGGCAGUGAAUAUGAAUAUAUGAAUAAAAGUCUGGUGCAAAGGUACAAUGAAAUAAUAUAAAUCAUAGAAAUGAUAUUUUUAUUUGUCAAUCAGCAAUUAUUGAUUUAUCAUUAUGACACAGGGAUAUUACUUCAGUAUGUCUAUGCUAUCUGUUCUCACUGUUAGUUUUGUAUAAUUGUCUUUUUAUCUGUAAAUACUACUGUAUGAGCUAAAUGCUUAAUCAGAUUCUAAUGAAAUCUUAUUAAAUGGGAUCAGUUAUUCAGUUAUUGGAUGCAGGUACAUGUACAAGAACUGUGGAGUGCUUCAUUUAAUUUCAUUUCAACUUUAUAUAGGCAUCCAAAGAAUUUCAGGUUUGCUAUGUAUAUAAUGCCAAUACACUCUGAACAGCACUUAAUCUUUACAUGAUUGUGCAAAACUGUUUUAAUCAUGAUUGUAUUGUCCAUGUACUUUUAUUUUAAAUCGACUGUCGUAAUAAUAGCAAUUUUGUAUGAGAUAUAUGCUGGAAAUCUAAGUGAUUACACCUUUUUAUGAAAUCAAUAAAUUGUAUCAAGAAAAUUA